UUGAUCACCGUUACGAAGUUACUACGCCACUUAAAGGGCAGUAUCGUGUCAUCCCAUUUUCUGGAGGAACAGCGGAAGCGUCUGAAGAAAGCAAAAGAGGAACUGGAGAAAUGGCUUCAGCAGAAUGACAAGGUGACUUCUCUGACCCGCUAUCGCAAGGCCGACCAGAUGUUCAAAGACGAGAAAGCGUGGACUUCGGUUCCGGACAUCGACCGGCGCGAGAUCUUCAAGGACGUGAUUUUCUUCCUGGAGAAGAAAGAGAAAGAAGAAGCACGCGUGAUGCGUAAGCGAAACAUCAAGUCAUUUGCCGACAUAUUGGACGGAGUGCCGCAGAUCAUUUAUAGCACAACCUGGGAAGAAGCGCGAAUGAUCCUCAGCGAAAAUCCCGCCUUCCGCUCCGACAAAGAUCUCCAGAGUAAGGCUCAUGAUCAGUUG